UCAGAUUUUAAAAUCAAAUCAUUUUUAUUCUUUUAAAAAUGUUCUUCUUCAAAAAGACACAUUCUCUCUGACUUUCCAAAACAUAUAAAAAUACAAACCAACCAUUCAACAAAUCAAAAAGAACCCAGAAUUCCUAACUCUCUUUGCAAACCACAAUAUCAAUGGCGAAGAGAGAGAAUGGAAUUUCCUUCGAUGGAAUCAUUGGAGCUAUGCCGGUUUUUGCCAAAGAGCUUAUUGCCGGCGGUGUUGCCGGCGGCGUCGCUAAGUCUGCCGUAGCACCUCUUGAACGAAUUAAGAUUCUUUUUCAGACAAGACAAGCAGAAUUCAAAAGUAUUGGUUUGAAAGGCUCAUUUACUAAAAUAGCUAGAACAGAGGGAAUACUCGGUUUCUACAGAGGAAAUGGGGCAAGUGUCGCACGAAUUGUUCCUUAUGCUGCGCUGCAUUACAUGGCAUAUGAGGAGUACAGGCGAUGGAUAAUUGUUGCUUACCCUGAUGUCUGGAAAGGCCCAGUGCUUGACCUUGUUGCAGGAUCUUUUGCUGGUGGAACUGCUGUUAUUUUUACUUAUCCCCUUGAUUUAGUGCGGACCAAGUUGGCUUAUCAGGUUGUUGGAUCUUCCAAUUUAAAUGUUAAAGGCCUUAUCCACCAUGAACAAUUGUAUAAAGGAAUUCGUGACUGCUUUUCCAUGACAUUUAAAGAAGCUGGUUGGAAAGGUCUUUACCGGGGAGUAGCACCAUCACUUUAUGGUAUAUUCCCAUACGCGGGAUUAAAAUUUUACUUCUACGAGGAGAUGAAGAGGCAUGUACCUGAGGAACACAAAAAAGAUAUAUUGGUGAAAUUAACAUGCGGCUCUGUAGCUGGAUUAUUGGGCCAAACCUUCACAUAUCCUCUUGAUGUUGUUAGGCGGCAAAUGCAGGUAGAGCGGAUGUCUAAUGCUAGUAAUACAAAGGGAACUUUACACACACUUGUCGCAAUAGCUCGAGAGCAAGGCUGGAAGCAUUUGUUCUCAGGGCUAAGUCUGAAUUAUUUGAAGGUUGUGCCCUCGGUGGCAAUUGGCUUUACUGUGUAUGAUUCAAUGAAAUUGUUCCUGCAAGUUCCCUCACGGGAUGAGGCCAUUAUUGAGGUGGCUUCCAGUCAUACAAAUAACCAAACAUCGUCCCUGCAUUCUUAAAAGGGAUUCAUUAUAUAAUAGUUAUACACUGAUUCAGUAUAGCAUUGAGUGAUUCAAUUGUAUGUAGGUAUCAUUAUUGACUUCAGUUGUAUAUAAAUACCGUCUUGUUAUACUGCUUAUUGUAUCCAUCUUCCCAACAUUCAAGUCAUAUGAAUGAAUGUUUGGAAUGAAAUGAUAAGGAUUUAUUUUUUCCCAGUGAAAUGAAGUAAUUAAAGAAUUCUCAAUA